GGGAUGCUCUGAACGCAAGACUGCAGCAUCUUCACCGAGAGAUCGAGCAGGAAAAAACGUCUCUUUCUCUGUGUGUUCCUCCAGCUCCGCGUCUCCGGACCCUCCUCACCCACCCCGUCACCCCUGGGUGUCUUCAUGAUCGGAGCCAGGACAGGAUAAGAAGAAAGAAAUUAUUAUAGCCUACCAAUCGGAUUUUUUGUAUUAUCAUUGCUUCACCGACCUUUUACUUUCCUUCUUCUGUCUUCUUCGGUUGAUUUCGCCUCUUUGUCUUUCGGUCUUGUUUUUUUUUUGUUUUGUUUUAUUUAUUGUUCGGUUUCGCUGGCUGUUGCAGAGGAGCGCCACCAUCCUGCACUGCCUGACAUGCUCUCUUAUCUGGUUGCAGUGGAAUGACACACAAAUCCUAGCCCGCAUCUCAGAAGGUUGAUGGAAGAUUGACGCUCCGUUUGCACGUUUUUUUUUCCAGUAGCCUAGAUCAUUCUCCAUCUACAGAGGUUUCGGAUUUGUCCCCCUCUCUCUGACACGACCGCUCCAGCGUUUCUUUCUUUCUGCCCCUGCGCAGCAUCUCUGUACGCACGGCGCACCACGGAGAAACGCGCAGCUAACCUUCCCCGUCCGCAAGAAACAGGCGUAUUUUUCCAAUUCCCAAAUCGCUUUCGCCUCCUCCAAGGACUCAUCUGCACGGCUACGCUGCGUAAAAAAGAGGGAAAAAAGGGAAAAGGGGGGAUUUAAACGCAAACGCAGCCCAAGCAUCCAAGAGCAAGCUCGAAAAUGAUGGCCGGCGGAGCAGUACAGCAAAACGGGAUUUUUUCAAAUCCUCACCAUCACAAUCAACAACCACACAUGGAGUCCGAUCCCCCGGACUCGCGUAAAAGACCCCUGGAAACUCCGACGGAGGCCAGCAGCACCAAACGCACAAAUACGGGAGUGGCCUUCCUGCAGCCCCUAUUUGAAACUGAAGGCAUUGUAUUCCCUCACCAAGAAACUGAGACUCAUGAGGAAGGCGAGUACUUCCUGAAGGUUUUGAUUCCCAGCUAUGCGGCGGGCUCUAUCAUCGGUAAAGGAGGUCAGACCAUCGUCCAGCUGCAGAAAGAGACUGGAGCCACCAUCAAACUGUCCAAAUCCAAAGACUUCUACCCUGGAACAACAGAGCGGGUGUGUCUGAUUCAGGGGACAGUGGAGGCGCUGAAUGGCGUCCAUGACUUUAUCGCUGAGAAGGUGAGGGAGAUGCCUCAGAGCACCCAGAAGACAGAGCCGGUCAGCAUUCUGCAGCCACAGACCACCGUCAACCCCGACCGCGUCAAACAGGCCAAGCUGAUCGUUCCCAACAGCACAGCAGGACUGAUCAUCGGUAAAGGUGGAGCGACAGUCAAGGCGGUAAUGGAGCAGUCGGGGGCGUGGGUCCAAUUAUCCCAAAAGCCAGAGGGCAUCAACCUGCAGGAACGUGUGGUCACCAUCAGCGGGGAGCCCGAGCAGAACCGCAAAGCUGUGGAGAUUAUCGUCCAGAAGAUCCAGGAGGAUCCACAGAGCUCCUCCUGCCUCAACAUCUCCUACUCCAACAUCACAGGGCCCGUCGCUAACUCCAACCCCACUGGCUCCCCGUAUGCUAACUCCACCGAGGUCAUGCCGCCGCGGCAGCCGGCAGCAGCCACAGCUUCCUCUCUGCUCGGUCAGGCCAGCCUGGCUGGGGUCGGGGCCUUCCCGACCACCAUGUCCAGUCUCUCAGGCAACGACCUGCUGGCCAUCACCUCCGCCCUCAACACCCUGGCAAGCUACGGCUACAACACCAACUCCCUGGGCUUGGGGCUGAAUCCUGCCGCAGCCUCAGGGGUGUUAGCAGCUGUAGCAGCUAAUGCUAACCCAGCAGCAGCUGCCGCAGCUAAUUUGUUAGCAUCUUACGCCAGCGAUGCAUCCACCAGCGCAGCUCAUCCAGCGGCAGGUCUCGGAGGCUUCUCCCUGGGAUCCCUGGCUGCAGCUACAGGGGCUACCAAUGGCUACUUGAGCGCUGCAUCACCCCUGGUGGCAUCAUCUCUACUGGCCACGGAGAAGCUAGCAGAAGGAGCGAAGGAAGUGGUGGAGAUCGCCGUGCCGGAAAACCUGGUGGGUGCCAUCUUGGGGAAAGGAGGGAAGACGCUAGUGGAGUACCAGGAGCUGACCGGCGCUAGGAUCCAGAUCUCCAAGAAAGGCGAGUUCAUCCCUGGAACUCGGAACAGGAAGGUGACCAUCACGGGUUCCCAGGCUGCCACGCAGGCUGCACAGUACCUGAUCAGCCAGCGAAUCACCUACGAGCAGGGGGUACGCGCCACCAACCCACAGAAGGUGGGCUAAACCUGACAGCCAAUGAGAAACGAGGAGGAAAAGAGGAAAAAAAAAAAGAGUGGGGGCUUGGGGGAGGAGUAUAAAAAGUGAGAGUGAGAAUGGAAAAAGGAGAGG